AUGUCGGCCUUCAAUACUCCGUGGUUCAACUCCCAAGACCGCAACUUCUUCAACCAAUUAAACAAGAGCCAGAUUGCUCAUGUAGUCCUUACUGCAGAGACUGAGGACUUCGACGAGGAGACCACACAGCAAUGGAUCGAUGAAGGAUUUGACUGCCGCUAUGUUCCUUUGCUCAAUGGCGGGGACGAUUAUAUCAAGCGACUCCAUUAUGUUGGAGACAGCUUUGGAGCGUCUGAAUACUAUGCCAUCGUAGGUAAUGCGUCACGAUGUUCCCAACCAAGUGAAAAUUUCUGAUCGUUCUUCAGCAUACGGUGAAGCUGCCCAUCUAGCGCUGGAGGCUCAUACGAAACCGAAUCAUCCCAAGUUGGUUGCUAUCGUAGCCUACUAUCCCACCGCGAUCCCGUCUAUACAUACAAAGUAUCCAGCGAGCGUUCAAAUUCUGGUGCACCUGGCUGGAAGUGAGAUCAACGUUCACAAGCAUCCGGAAGUCUUGGGCAUUCAAGGGAAACGCAAAACUGUCCGGAAACGGAUCGAUCCUGGAGUCGGCUAUGGGGAGAGUCUGAAACUAGGCUUCAAAGCCUACACCUAUUCUGGAGUCCAGCCGGGCUUUGCUGAGCACGACUUGGAGGAGCACGAUUCCGUUGCAGAUGGCGUGGCAUUCACACGAAGUAUCGCUUGUUUGAAACGAGGCUUCCGCAUCGAGAAGAACAUCGAGCUUGUCAAAGACCAUCAUGUCACCUUCCUCCAUACUGGACAGCAUGAAAAAGUCAUGAAGCAAACUCGGCCUUAUGCUCAUGUCUUGCAUGGGCCUACCUUGACGGGUGGCGUCGGCUCAGAGGACCUUCAAGACUUCUAUGAGAACUUCUUUACCCCAAUACCGCCAAAGACCAACGCCCAGAUCCGUUUGAUAAGCAGGACAGUCGGUGCCGACCGAAUAGUAGAUGAACUCUACGUAUCAUUCACGCACACGAUCAAGAUGCCUUGGUUAUUACCAGGAAUACCACCGACAAACAAGAAGAUCGAAAUCGUUAUCGUCUCGAUCUUCCACGUGCGAGGAGAAAAGUUGGAAAGCGAACACAUCUACUGGGAUCAAGCGAGCGUGCUCGUCCAGGCAGGCCUACUGGACCCAAAGAUGGUGCCUGAAGCUAUGAAGAAGAAAGGCGUAGAGCAGUUGCCUGUACUUGGAGCCGAAAGUGCAAGAGCGGUCAAGCGAGGAAGCAGUCGGCAGGUCAACCAACUAAUCCCGGAUUGGUGA